CAUGCUGUGAUGGGGCAGUUGUGAAUGAAGCUUGCCUGCCAUGCACCCCACAGGGAGUGUAGAUGCCAGCUUUUCCCGUUCGGCUGUGCAAACUCUGUCUCGUAGCCACUGCCGGAACAUAAAACAGAAGAUCUCUCAAUGGGAAGGUCGGACAAAAGAGAGCUGCCAGGAGCAAAGCCAGAAACCCAAAGACUUUGGGGUCAAAUAUGGCCAUGACUCCAAGGAUCAGCCAGCAAAUCCUGGGCAUGGCAGGAAGGUAGAAGGUUUACUAAAUGUCAAGAGUCUUGGCUUAGAUUUCCGGGAAAACUCUCAUCUCUGCUCUGUGACGGAGGAGGAGGAGGAAGAGAAACUACAAGAGGCUGAUCUUUCAGUCAGCCUUGUGGUUAAGCCACUCUCCAAUGGUGUGAUACCUGAAGAAGAGGAUGAUGAGGACUGGGGAGGGGAGAGGCUUCCCCCAGGAAACUUUUACACCUCUCGGGACCUGUGGAAACAAAUAGAAGCCCUUACCCCUGACAAAAAAGCUUUGGACUUGAAAAGGAAAAGGGAAAGCUGUGGCUCAACAGAGAAGGAGCUCAAUGUUGUGCCAACAAAGAGCUUGGAGAACAUAUACUGUGACGUUGAAGGCCAGGAGGGGCAGCCGCCAGCCAUUAACCCAGUACCCAAACCACGAAGGACUUUCCGUUACCAUGCAGACUGUCCUAAUGGAAGCCAUGUUGAGCAGAAACCACCAGAACACCAGUGUAAUGGCGGCUGCCCUGCAACCACCUCCCAUGACCCUGAACAGAAAGUGGCCAGGAGAGGCCUCCGGGCCAGAUCGAAGAGAAAGUCCUUUGAAUUUGAAGACAUCCAAGGCUAUCGAAACAGGAUGGCCGCCAUGGAGUACCAAAAGCUCCAUGAAGAACUGAAUGGCACCGCAGGUGUCCGCCUCUAUUGCACACAGUCAGAGGACAACCUCUAUGAGGACAUUAUCGAUCCUGCUAAGGAGAAUUUAUAUGAAGAUAUUAAAGUGAAGCCUCUGUGGAAGAUCCCAUCUGCUUGGAAGCUGCCUCCUGCCCGGAACACCUACAAGCCACCCAAGCUUCCCCCCAAACCACACUUCCUUCAUCGUAAAACCCUGGAGUUAAAGAGUACUCGGAUCUGCCUGCGUGGGAAGCUGGCAAAAGACACAACUCUACCCGUUACACUGACCGAAUGGAAGUUCUUCAAGGCAGGAGAGGCUGGAAACAGGAAGAGGAAAAAUCUUCCACGGCUUGUGUUGAAGAUACAGGAGAUCUUUGACUCCAAACGAGGGAAGAAGAAGGUGAAGUUGGUGGCUCAGACAGGAAAAGAAGCUUCUCCAGCCAAAGGUGAAACCAAUGGGUAUGACAGCGAACCAGAGAAUCUGCCGAAAAGUCGUCAUAAGCGCCUGCUGCAAGUUCAGGCUCAGUCCAAGAGGAACCCCCAUUACCAGACGCUGGAGCGAGACCUCAUAGAGUUCCAGGAACAGCAGCUUUUUGAGCUUUUUGUAGUGGUGUCAUUGCAGAAGAAGCCGUCAGAAGCCACAUACACCCCACAGAUUAUACAGCAGUUUCCCAGCAAGCCUGACCACCCCUUUCGGCAGCCAAAGGACGCUGAGGAGAGGCUGAAGGUCAUCCCCAAAUUCUGUUUCCCUGACCCCAAAGACUGGUGUCCAACAUCAGAGUCCAAGAGUGAAACCUUUUCCUUCGUACUGACGGGUGAAGAUGGCAGCCGCUGGUUUGGAUAUUGUAAGAAGCUUCUGCCCGAAGGCAAAGGCAAACGGCUACCUGAGGUGUACUGCAUGGUGAGCCGCCUGGGAUGCUUCAACCUUUUCUCUAAGAUCUUGGAUGAAGUGGAGAAACGGCGUGAGAUGUCCCCGGCCCUGGUGCACCCAUUCAUGCGCAGUGUCAUGGAGGCGCCAUUCCCUGCUCCUGGGCGCACCAUCACGGUGAAGAGCUUCCUGCCAGGUGCAGGAAAUGAGGUGAUUGAACUUUGCCGUCCACUAGACUCCCGGCUGGAGCAUGUGGACUUUGAAUGUCUGUUUAAGUGCCUCAGUGUCUCUCACUUGAUCCAAGUCUGUGCUUCUCUCCUGCUGGAAAGGAGAGUGAUCUUUGUUGCUGACAAUUUAAGCACCUUGUCGAAAUGUGGCCAUUCAGUGGUUGCAACACUAUACCCGUUUACCUGGCAACACACCUAUAUCCCAGUCCUGCCUGAUUCCAUGAUAGACAUUGUCUGCUCUCCCACCCCGUUCCUGAUUGGCAUCCUCUCCUGCUCCUUAACACAACUCCAGGAUCUGCCUAUAGAAGAGGUACUGAUUGUUGAUCUCUGUGCUGAUGAGUUUUUGCAGCAGGUUUCAGAUGAAAAUGAGAUUCUACCUCAUAAGCUCCAGGCAGCACUUGUACAGAUAUUGGAGGAAAGGAACGAAAUCUUAUCUCAGGAGCAGAAUUAUACGCAAGGUGAUGUGACCCUGGCCUCCUUGGUGUCGGAAGCUUUUGUGCGUUUCUUCGUGGAGAUUGUGGGACAUUACUCCUUGCAUAUGCACGUCACAGAGAAAGGGGAACGGGUGUUCCAGCGGGAGCCUUUCCGGAAAUCACACACCUCACGCAAUGUGCGCCAUUUCCUAGACAUCUUCAUGGAGACACAAAUGUUUGCUGGUUUCAUACAAGAUCGAGAGCUUCGUAAGAGUGCGGUUAAAGGCUUGUUUGAAGUCCGUGCUUUGGAGUAUUUGGAGACCAUUCCGGAGUCAGAGCCAAGUGGGAUGAAUAAAAUCCUUCGUAGUCUGGGUAGUAAAAUGAAGUUUCUACAAAAGAAAUGAGAAGUUGCAGAAUUGCUGCUAAAGGUGGUUCUAAGUUCUCAGUUGGUCAUGACAAGAUGUCACUCCAUUGC